AGAUCUGAACGAAGUCUGAUAUAACCAGUGUGGGCUUUAUCUUUUUUGUAUAUAUCUCAUCUCCAUUUGUAUCCUUUUGGAACCCAUUCUUCACCUCACCACCACCAUUAAACCCAACAACUGUCACACAGAAAUGAAGAUGGCAUUGUUGAUAUUUGUGUUAAUAUUAAUGGUAAACAGCAUUAGUGGUGAAGACCCUUAUAGAUUCUUCAACUGGAAUGUUACUUAUGGUGACAUCUACCCACUUGGAGUUAAACAACAGGGGAUAUUGAUCAAUGGCCAGUUUCCAGGGCCACAAAUUGAUGCAGUGACUAAUGAUAAUGUGAUUGUUAGCGUUUACAAUAGCUUGGAUGAACCAUUCCUUAUUACCUGGAAUGGGAUACAACAAAGGAGGAAUUCAUGGCAAGAUGGUGUUUAUGGCACCAAUUGCCCCAUCCCACCUGGUCAAAACUUCACCUACAUUCUUCAAUUCAAGGAUCAAAUAGGAAGUUUUUUCUACUUCCCCUCACUCGCAUUUCACCGGGCGGCUGGAGGUUAUGGUGGUAUUUCCAUCUCCAGCCGUCCGAUGAUCCCCGUCCCCUUUCCUCCACCCGCCGGAGACUUCACCAUUCUGGCGGGUGAUUGGUUCAAGCAAAACCACACUGAUUUGAAAGCGAUACUAGAUGGUGGCCAUGAUCUUCCGUUCCCCGAUGGUCUUCUCAUCAAUGGCCGAGGAUCUAACGGAUUUACAUUUAACGUUGAUCAAGGGAAAACAUAUAGAUUGAGGAUUUCAAACGUGGGGCUUACAACAUCAAUAAAUUUCAGAAUCCAGGGCCACAAAAUGCUGCUUGUGGAGGUAGAAGGGACUCAUACUCUUCAGAACACAUACUCUUCACUUGAUAUUCAUCUGGGCCAGACAUACUCUGUGUUGGUCACCGCGGAUCAACCGCCACAGAACUAUUACAUGGUCGUCUCCACUCGGUUUACCUCCCAAGUCCUCACCGCGACUUCCAUUCUUCGUUACACCAACUCGCCCGGAUCUUUUCCCGCUCCUCCACCUGGCGGUCCGACCAUCCAAAUCGACUGGUCUUUGAAUCAAGCCCGCUCAAUCAGGCAAAACUUGACCGCAAGUGGUCCGAGGCCGAACCCGCAAGGUUCAUACCAUUACGGGAUGGUUAACUUCACUCGAACGAUCAGGCUCGCCAACUCUGCUCCGGUUAUAAACGGAAAACAGCGCUACGCGGUCAACAGCGUGUCAUUUAUCCCCGCGGACACCCCUCUAAAGAUCGCUGAUUAUUUCAAGAUCUCGGGUGUGUUUUCGCUUGGAACUAUCUCCGACAGCCCGACAGGUGGCGGUGGGUACCUCCAGACUUCGGUCAUGGCCGCGGAUUUCAGAGCAUUUGUCGAGAUCGUGUUCGAGAAUUCAGAAGAUACCGUGCAGUCAUGGCACAUUGACGGUCACUUCUUCUUUGUCGUCGGGAUGGAUGGCGGGCCGUGGUCCGCUGCUAGCCGAGCAAGUUACAAUUUAAGAGACGGGGUUUCGCGAUCCACUGUCCAGGUGUAUCCGAAAUCAUGGACCGCGUUGUAUGUACCAUUAGACAAUGUCGGGAUGUGGAAUAUACGAUCCCAGAAUUGGGCGCGACAAUACUUAGGUCAACAGUUUUAUCUUCGGGUGUAUUCACCGGUGAAUUCAUGGAGAGAUGAGUACCCGAUUCCGAAGAAUGCCAUUACUUGCGGCCGAGCAAGUGGCCGCAAGACCAGGCCCCUGUAAAUGUAGGGACGCGGAGUAGGAACCGUCACGAAAGGGUGGCUGGUUCUUAUAUAUGAGAGUUUCUGUUAAUUUUUUUGAUAUGUUUAUUUAGCUUUUGUAAUUCUACAAAACUAUGAUUGGUUUAAUGUUUUUAUUUAAGUAUUUAAAGUGGUACUUCUUUCGGAUUG